UGACUACCAAAUGUCGUGUAGUUUUUGAUGGAUCAGGAAAGGACAGCUCUGGAGUAUCGCUCAAUGACAGACUACAUAUUGGUCCACCGAUUCAACGCGAUCUUCUUGGCGUUUGUCUACGCUUCCGGCAGCACCAAUAUGUUUUAUGCGCAGAUGUCGAAAAGAUGUUUCGAGGCAUUAAAAUCUUUAAGCCACACACCAAUUUUCAGCGCAUUGUUUGGCGCACGACUGAGAAUGAACCUCUGCUUCAUUUUCGCCUGCUGACGGUUACCUACGGAUUGGCACCGUCACCAUUUCUGGCUGUUCGAGUUCUAAAGCAACUUGCCGACGAUCAUGGCCAUGAAUACCCUGGAGCAGCUCACGCUCUUCUGCACGAUGCCUAUGUGGACGAUAUCCCUACAGGCGCCAACACAUUCGAUGAGCUUAUGAUUCUCAAGGACGAGCUUAUAGCCCUCUUGGAUAAGGGAAAAUUCAAGCUACGCAAAUGGAGUUCUAAUAGUUGGCGUCUUCUGAAAUCAUUACCAGAUGAAGAUAGAUGUUUUGAACCUAUCCAGCUCCUCAACAAAUCAGCUGCGGAUUCACCUGUCAAAGUUCUUGGUAUCCAAUGGAACCCUGGGAAGGACGUUCUGUAUCUCAACCUAAAGGGAUGCGAUGCGACCAUUUCUCCGACGAAAAGAGAACUCUUGUCUCAGCUAUCAAGAAUUUAUGAUCCGCUUGGACUGGUAGCGCCGGUCACAGUUCUACUCAAGCUAAUCUUCCAAGAAAGUGGACAAGUGUCCUGCAGUGGGACGACCCCAUUCCUGAAAGUCUACGUACGCGCUGGAGAGCCUUAGUAGAGGAUUUGCCAGCACUUACGCAAUGCCAAGUACCACGGUAUAUUGCGUCACCAUUUCGAGAUGUUCAACUACACGGAUUCGCCAACGCAUCCUCGCACGCCUACUGUGCGGUAGUUUACGCUCGAGUUUGCAGUUGGAUGCAGCUUUCAAGUAACUCUGGUUGCCGCCAAAACACGGGUGGCCACGAUCAAGCCCGUAUCAAUUCCACGUUUGGAGCUAAACGCUGCGUUACUUCUAUCUCGAUUGCUUUCUAUUGUCAAAACAUCACUAACAAUUCCUCUUUUCAGCACGAGCUACUGGACAGAUUCAGAAAUUGUGCUACACUGGCUUUCAGCUCCCCCUCGACGGUGGAACACCUACGUCUGCAACCGAACUUCUGAGAUAUUGAGCGACUUUCCCCGUAGCUGCUGGAACCAUGUUCGCACGGAAGACAAUCCUGCAGAUUGUGCUUCCCGAGGACUUCAUCCGUCAAAGCUUCUGGAGCAUCGACUGUGGUGGAAAGGUCCGUCCUGGCUGGCCACACCCACCUCUGAGUGACCACCUUCUACAAGAAAGUUCAGCGUAUCUUCAAGUUUCGAUUUCAACACCGAAGAACGAGCCAUAAAGCCCACGACUCUACAUAACUUUCCUGAUGAAAGUAUACACGAGUUACUCAUCCACAAAUUCUCAACCUGGACGCGUCUUAUAAGGGUAUCUAGCUACUGUCAUCGCUUUAUUCACACUCUUCGAUCCCAUCAUAGGAAUUCGGCACCAUUCCUUACGUCUGAAGAGUUGCUGGACGCACAGCGCCGACUUAUUCGACAUGUGCAACAAAAAUCCUUUGCCAGAGAAUAUGCGCAGCUAGAAAAUCGACGCCAGCUUAACGCUAAAUCGCAUCUUAUCCGGUUUUCUCCGUUUCUGGAUGAUUAUGGAGUAAUGCGAGUCGGUGGGAGAAUCGAGCAAUCUACACUCAACUACAACGCCAAGCACCCGAUUCUGAUACCUAAAGAUACACCACUAGCUGGACUGCUGGUUCGACAUUUUCAUGUCUCCUAUAUGCACACUGGAGUUGAUGCAACGUUCACCAAUCUUCGUCAGCAGUACUGGAUUCUGGGAGCCCGCAAUCUCGUCAGAAAGGCAGUCUUCCAAUGCAAAUCCUGUUUUCUUCAACGAAAGGGCACAAGCAACCAGAUCAUGGGAGAGCUACCAAUUCCUCGAGUUUAAGCUAGCCGCUGCUUUCAACACACAGCGCUGGACUACGCUGGACCGAUCGCAAUCAAGGAAUCAAAGGGAAGAACUCCACGCAUCGGAAAGGCAUGGUUUUCUAUUUUCGUGUGCCUCACUACAAAGGCACUUCACAUCGAGGUUGUUAGUGAGCUAACUACACAGGCUUUCAUCGCAGCCUUUCAACGAUUCAUUGCCCGCCGAGCGAAGCCUACUGACCUGUAUUCGGACAAUGGAACUACAUUUCAUGGAGGCAAGCAAACUUUGGAUGACAUGAGACGUCUGGCCAUUCAACAAGCCAAAGAUGAGGAACUAGCAGGAUUCUUUGCCAAUGAAGGGAUUUCUUGGCACUUUAUACCCCCGUCUGCACCCCAUUUUGGAGGGAUGUGGGAAGCUGGAAUUCGCUCAAUUAAACUCCAUAUGAAACGGAUACUUGGUGGAAUCAUGGAUAUGCAGGUGGAAUCAGCUGCAAGCCAUGGUUCAAGGCUUUUGGAAAAGGUGGCAUAUGGAAUACCUGACAUCUCUUCAUGAGCGGACAAAGUGG